GGCCCCUGAAGCUGAGCAUGAACUUAACCCCUAGGCUACUGGGCCGGCCCCAAGGCUAGGUUUUAAACAGCUCUGAAUUCUCCAGCACUAGCACAGUGUUCUUGAAUUAAACUGUUUCUUUGUGAAUUUAUCCCACCUCUUCCUUUGGCCUGGAAGGUCCUGAAGGCAGUUCCUCAUUCUUCAUGUCCCCCUCACUCCAGCUGCAAUAAGGCUUUACCCACAAUCCCUACCACUGGGUGUAAGACAGAUCCUGAGAUAUCUCCUUAACUCAGGAAACAGGACCAAAUUCAUUGGGAAAUGGUGAUUUUUUUUCACUCAAUAUGACUUAGUUAUAAGGGCUGUGAACUAGGACACCUGUGCUCUAGCUGAUUCUGAUACUAACUUGUUUAUUAAUAUGAGGAUUGCCUUUCUGUUCAUUCACCUCUAAAAUGGGAAUAGCGCCUAUAUGCUUUAUCUACUACACCAGGACACUGAAGUCAAAUGUGAUAAUAAGUAGAACAGCUACAGGAAAGGCACAAGAGUUGACAACAGGAGGCAGGAGGUCGCUGGCAUCAGAAUGGUCCAUGCAUAGUGGUGGGUCUGAGCAAUCAGAGACCAGGCAAGGGCCAGGAGUUCCCUUACUCAGCUUAGUAGUGGGAAUGGGGAGCCCAGCAAGCUAGGAAACAAGCAGAUGCAGCACUGAAGCUUGCGGAGGUGGCAGCUGAAAAAGGAAGCAGCACAAACGUUUUCCCCACGUGUGAAACAAGUGAGUGGUUCCUCUGACAAUGCAAGUGCUGCCAUUAGGGAGCUCAGGCACUUGCCUAUCUUUUUUGCCCAAGUGUCCUCUCACUGGCUACUUCUGUGGGGGUAGUGAAAGGAAAGAUCACCUGGUUUGUCUAACUAAGCUAUCUGAUCUUGAACAAGUCGCUUAACCCUCAAGUCUCAGUUAUCUGGUCUGUAAACUGGGGACAAGAGUACUUACCUUGAAGUUAGCGUGAGAAUUAACUGAUAUGAGCCACAUCAACUGACUAGCACAGUUCCUGGCAGUCCCUUGCUCUGAAUGGUGCAGGCUUCAGCACAGCUCUGGCCUAGUGUAACUUACCAAUAUUGUGUGUAGGCUAGGGCAGGGCUGGUGAGGUAUAAUUAUUGAAACCUUAUAGCUAAGAUUUCAAGACAGUCACAAUUUCAAAGAUACUCUCCUAUUUUCCCUUAAGUCAAUAGGCACUUGCCACUUUUUCACUGGGAAAACAUGAUCACCAUGGAAGGCCCCUUGUUGGCUGCCCAUUUCUCCAUCAACCCUGAGACUCUGGGCUCCAGGCCCCAGGCUUCUCAGCCAGAUACCCAGAUAUGCAACUGAAAGGUGGUGGGAAGGAGGAAGAUGAUCAGCAACGGCUCAGGGUACCUGGUAGGUGGGAGACGUAGGUUCUACCUCCCACUUUCUCAGUCCAGCUGGCCACUGCUGCACACUUCCACUCUAAAAGGAAAGAGCAAGUUAAAUCCUUUGAGCUCAGUGGUUCUCUACCUUGCCUGCACAUUAGAAUCACCUGGGGAAAUUUAAAACUCUUCCUGCCUAGACUGCAGUAGGCCAAUUAAAUCAAUAUUUUUUAAAAGCUCUCUAGGUAAAUUCCAAUGUACACCAGAAGUUGAGAACCACUGUUCUAGAUCAGGGUUUUUCAAACUUGCCAGAUGAUGAUAAUCACAUAUAUUAAUUUAAAAUACAGUGUCUCAGGCUCUGGAAUUAGUUAGCACUAUUACCAUAACUUACUGAUUUGAAAACACAUUCUUUUAAAAACAUAUAUAUUUUAACAUCUUUGAAAUCAGAGUGAUCUUCCCAUCAGUGGCAUCUAAGACUUGAUGAAAUCCAGAAGCAAGCAUCCCAGAUGAUUCUUACAAUUAGACAAGUGUGAGGAAAAACAGUUCCCGAGUACUCCCCAGGGCAGUGCUUCCCAGUGUUUAAUGACCUUAGAGUUACCUGCAAGCCUGUUAAAAUGCAGGUUCUAUAUCAGAAGGUCCAGGUUAAGGCUCGAGAUUCUGUAUUUCUAACAAGCUCCCAGGUGAUCCGUGCUGGGCCUUGCACCACAUUUUGGGUAGCAAAGUUCUAAAGCAUCCCCUUCUGAGGAGGCUCCACCAGCGACCCAUUUAAGUAAAUUGAAAUAACUGGCAUAGAGAAAUACGAGCAUGUCUGUAAGGCAGUUGCUAGACUGCACUCUCAUUUCUCCCCAGGAGGGCAGUGGGAUGAGGGCCAGAGGGAGGGCUGCCCUAACCUUUUAGAAGCCAGAGACCAGAGGCCAGUUUCCCAAGGAAGCAGUCUGUUACAUGAGACAGCACAACUCCUACACUAAAUUCCAGCAAACUUCACUCACCAAGUGAAAUUGGGCCUCAGGUGGCUUUAGUGGGUCGAGGGGAAGCAGCCCCCUUCUCUCACAUACCCUUCUUUCUUCCCUCAUCCAUUCACUAAACCUUGAGGAUCUACUAAUAAACCACAAGGUCUGAGUUAUUAGAAGAUGAAUCAAAUUCAAGAUCAGAAUCAGAUUCCAGGGGGAGGAAUUCAGUCUGGGGGAAACCCAUUUGUAAAACAGACAAAGUACAGUAUGAAGUGACAAUGCUAAUAACAGAAGGAUGCACAGAGAUGAGCCAACAUAAAGGAACAAUGCUAGUAGCUUCCUGGUGCAGUGGCCACUGGAGGAACUGAAGGAAAGAUUACUAAUCUUCCCAAGAAAGGGCACCACCCCCAAAAAAUUGCUUGCCAGGAGCAGCCUGCUAUGAUACAGUGUGUUUGAUGCCUUGAAGCCCUUGAAUCUAAGACUCUAUAAUCUGGAAUUUCAGCGUGGGGAGAUCUUCCUACAUUUGUGCCUCUAAUCUCUAGCUCUAAAUUGCAAGUGAAUUCAAGGAAGGAAGAGACUUUUAAGGGAUCGCCCCUCAAAAGGAUGAGGCAGAGAUUAUCUUAUUCCAGAGAGCUCCAGUACCCUCAUCCUAUCCUCCUGUAUGAGAAUCCCUAGUUACACAGAUCAUUCCCCUAGUUACAGAAACACUUGAGUCUUUACCCUUUGUCAUACUGAGCUCUUAAUUGGCUUGACCCAUCACAUUGCUAGAUAUAAAGGUUACAAUCCCUAGACUAAGUAGGUCUCCAGCUGGGGUAGGGAGUCACAGCCAAGACAAGCAGGGUACAAGAACCUAGCGUGCUCCCUCACCCAGCCUCCUAUAGACUAGCUUUUUAGGAGGACUAAGAAACUGAUACUCAAUCCCAAUUUACUUUUUCCUUAUCUUCCAUCUCACAGAUAGGAAAACCUACAGAAGAAUCUUAAGGGCUGGAAGAAGCAGCUGAGAAGGAGACGGCAGAAAGAUGGGGAGUGGAGCCAGUGCUGAGGACAAAGAACUGGCCAAGAGGUCCAAGGAGCUAGAAAAGAAGCUGCAGGAGGAUGCUGACAAGGAAGCCAAGACCGUCAAGCUGCUAUUGCUGGGUGCUGGGGAGUCAGGAAAGAGCACUAUCGUCAAACAGAUGAAGAUCAUUCAUCAAGAUGGCUAUUCGCCAGAAGAAUGCCUGGAGUACAAGGCCAUCAUCUAUGGGAAUGUGCUGCAGUCUAUCCUGGCUAUCAUCCGGGCCAUGUCCACACUGGGCAUUGACUAUGCUGAACCAAGCUGUGCGGAUGAUGGGCGACAGCUCAACAACCUGGCUGACUCCAUUGAGGAGGGCACCAUGCCUCCUGAGCUGGUGGAGGUCAUCAGGAAGUUGUGGAAGGAUGGUGGGGUGCAAGCCUGCUUCGACAGAGCUGCAGAGUACCAGCUCAAUGACUCGGCAUCUUACUACCUGAACCAAUUAGACCGAAUUACAGCCCCUGACUACCUCCCUAAUGAGCAAGAUGUGCUACGAUCCAGAGUCAAAACCACAGGCAUCAUUGAGACCAAGUUUUCUGUCAAAGACUUGAACUUCAGGAUGUUUGAUGUGGGAGGGCAGAGAUCAGAGAGAAAGAAGUGGAUCCACUGCUUUGAGGGGGUCACUUGCAUCAUUUUCUGUGCAGCCCUCAGUGCCUAUGAUAUGGUCCUGGUGGAAGAUGACGAAGUGAAUCGUAUGCAUGAAUCCUUGCACCUGUUCAACAGCAUAUGCAACCACAAGUUCUUUGCAGCUACUUCCAUUGUCCUCUUUCUCAACAAGAAGGACCUCUUUGAGGAAAAAAUCAAGAAAGUCCAUCUCAGCAUUUGCUUUCCAGAAUAUGACGGGAACAACUCUUAUGAGGAUGCAGGGAACUAUAUCAAGAGUCAGUUCCUUGACCUCAACAUGAGAAAAGAUGUCAAAGAAAUCUACAGCCACAUGACCUGUGCUACAGACACGCAGAACGUCAAAUUUGUAUUUGACGCAGUUACAGAUAUUAUCAUCAAAGAAAACCUCAAGGACUGUGGACUCUUCUAAUCCUCACCAUUCCUCAAGUAUACAUUCUAUACACAGGCUUGGAAUCUGGGUAAUUUCAAGCAGAAAAUUAUAGGUCAAUAUACCACGACAUGAAGAACGAAUUCAUUCUCCCUUGGAGAUGGAGUAUGCAUGACUGCCACUGUGGCUCAUACGUUCUUUUCAAAUGGGAUAGCUAGUGCAGUUUAACGAGCACUGGCCAGGGGUCAGAAGACCCAGGUUCCAGUACUGGUUCUGCUACUUACUAUAAUAAUGUCAAUAUUUCAUUUCUCUGAGCCUUGAGUCCCUCAUCUAUAAAAUGAAGGUAACUUCCCUACUACUUCACAGUUAUUCUGAUGAUCACAAACAUAACUAAAGGGAAGGCACGUAAAAGCUGUGUGGGUAGAGUCACAGAAAGAAAUCCUAUAUAAAAGCUGCCAUUUAUGAAAUUCAACACCAUGCUUUUAGAUGAACUAUCCCAAGCAAAACAGUUAAUUUUCCCUACAGUCUGCAAAAAAAAAAUUAAAAACAAAACCUCAAUAAACCUACCACCCCUUUUUAUUAACAGACCUCUAUGUGUCUUAGCUCAGAGACCUGGAUCACCAGAUAGAAUAUGUGAUUUGUUAGUUUCUAAGGCACAAAUCCAAAAAUGAUCAUCUUUAUUAAGCACAGAUUAUCACUCUCUUCCCCAAGCUACCAAAAAGACUGAGUUUCCUUUAUCUCUGUAAGUAACUGUUUCUCAGCUCUACAAGACACUUUCUGAAUAAGCUUGAGGACAUCAACACACUCUCGCUGGGAGCAUUAAUGAUUUUAUUGCUACCACUUCUCUAUCACAGAAUCUAGAAUAAGUGAGCAAUCCUAAAAUCCUCAUUUCAACUGCUACACAUUUCAGGAGAACAAAAAAGGCAGCUGAUCUUGCUUUAGUCACUGAAAAUCUUUGCAGUUGGGUCCAUGUGAUGCCUGUCUGAAAACAACAUCUCCCCAAACAGGCCAACAAGUAAAUUAUUCCUUUGGACUCCUUUGAGUGGAAAUGAAGCUUGCAUUUAUCUUGACAGGAGGUGGUGAAGUCAAGUACAGCUUUAGCAUUUACAACUACUAGUGAGGAAAGCUCUUGGCAUCCAAGAUUUAGUAUAUAAAAGAAAGUGUCAAUUAAAAUGAAAAUCUGCUCCUUGCCAGAAACACACAUUCACACUUAGGCUGCUACUAGCAAUAUUGAUACUACAGAGCCAUAUGAGCUUGAAAUACACUGAAGAAUAAAUUUGCAGCUGUUAAAAUUGGAUUCAUUUAAUAGUCUUUCUGACUCCCUGAAAAGAAACCGACUUGGGAAAACUACCAGAGAAAUAAGGGAAACUACUCUGCUUACUGCCGAUUAAAAGACAAGCCAAAGAAAAAACCUGGGCAAGACUUCUUGCAUCCAAGAGCUCUUCAGGGACUAUUCUAAACGGCAUGCUCCAACCAUCACUAACCUGUUUGCUUUAAUUAAAUAUACAGUGGUUCUGAGUCUUUUUUCGUAUUAUAGAUCCCUCUGGCAGUUUGAUGAAACCUAUGGACCUCUUCUCAGGUUAUUUAAAAAUGCAUAAAGUAAAAUUCAGAGAAUUACAAAGGAAAGCAACAUACUAAAUACACUUCUAUCUUUGAAGCUCUGAAGUCCCAGGUUAAGAAUCUUCGCUACAGCUAUGAUCUUGUCUAUUAAGGCCUCAAAUUUAUCCCAUUUAUCCCAUAUUCAAACAGAGCAGCCCCACCUCCCCCCAGCCAUACCAGACUGUUUGCUUCUUUUAUUAACUUUUCCUUGAUCUUUGCCUCUAGGCAGGAAUUGGCAGUGGGCCAAAAGAUAAAAGGCUAGCCCAGAAUCCUUGGUUAGUGAUGUUCAUACAGAACCUGCCCUAUGGUACUAGUGUGAAAACAGAGCCAGUGGGACAGGUCUUCUGGUGGAACAAUCUCUAGCAGAAUAAAACAGGGUUGUAUUUUAGUUCUUUUCCUUUUCUCUGGUAGACAGUCCAACUUUUAACUGAUUUAUAAACAAAUUCACACAAAGUACCUUGUAUGAACAUUCUGCAAAAUGUUUAUUUUGGAGGCUGGAUAGGGAAAUAGCAAAGCUUAAAGUAAUGUGAUCUACAGCUGCUUUACUGAGGUUAGGAUCUGGUUAUUCACCUUAAAAUGUUUCAAGCUAAAACUCUUCUGGCGAGUCAACAUAGAAUAAAACUCUGGAGCCUCUGUCAUCCAUUCACCUGUACCUUAGAACAAAGUCAAAUAAUCUUCCGAAACUCUUAGCCAACACUGGGCUCUCCUCUGAGUAAAGGUAAAAGGACUUUACCUCAAAUGGUCAGGAUAAGCUUCCCCAAAAGACAUUAAUCCUUACCCCAGCUUAACUGUCUGUCAGGCCCAAGAUGGUUCUCAAAGCCUACACCAUUAGGGGUAGAGACAAAGCGUGCUACUUCUACACAACUGGCAUAUUUUUAUCCCAUGGACAUUGUGAUUGUGUGCAUCAAAAGUUCUCUUUGCAUAAAAUAGCUGCUAGAAAACUUAAAACCAAAAUUAAGCCACACAUUCAUUCUGCUUUGUCUUCUGUUGCUUCACUUCAAAUUUAUACUAUACUGCUGAAUUUUAUAAGUCAUCAAAAAUCCUUUUUUGUAACAAGGUAGGUCAGAAACAAAUAUUCAACCCUAUUUUCAUGAACUGCAAUCUUAAUUCUUAGAAUGAUAAAGCUGGAAGAAACUUAAAAAUAUUCCAUGCCCAUCACUAGCAAUUUAUAGAUUAAACUAGGCCCAGGGAGGUGGAGUGUCUUCAUCAAAAUCAUACUGCUAGGAAGUAGCAGAACCAGAACUCCAAAACAGGUCUUCCGAAACCAAGCCAGUGGUCUUUCUAUGUGCACCAUGCUACCAACAGCCCACCAUACACUAUAAAGCCAAAGUCAAUUUUCUCAUUCUCCUAAGCUCCUCUUACUCCCAACCAAAGUCUUGGUUAUUUUUUAAUUGCGCCAUCUCUAAAUCACAGAUAUUUAAUAAUAUCAUUUCCAGACGGAAUACAAAUCAGUUUCAAAUGGAAUGUGAAAUUAGCAUAAAAUAAAAAUAUAAAUAGCUUUAAGUUUGUUGUUGAAGCUAUACUUUCCUGUUCAUAUCCUUAGAGGGCAAAAACCAAAAGGUACUUCCCUUGCAUUGCAUGAUUAGACACUGAUGACAGUAAGCCAAAUGUAAAUUAGGUUCCAUUUCAGGUAAAUCUGAUGACAGUUGCUUUUCUAUCUUUUUUAACAAAAAUACAACAUGACUGACACAAAAGGACAAAUACUAUAUGAUUCCACUUUUAUGAGGUAUCUAAAGUAGUCAAAUUUAUAAAGACAGAA